CAGGUUUACGUUGUAAAACAGGAAACGGUGAGAGGCGUUAGCAGCAUUUAGCCUGUUGGCUCCCUGUACUGCACACAGAAGCGAAAUCAGAGUAAAGCGUUUAUCUGAAGCAGGGAAUAAAGAGUAUCGUCUGGCCGGUUGAUUGGUUUCAUCGGUGGGACCGUCAUGUCAGAGACGUACGAUUUCCUGUUUAAGUUCCUGGUGAUUGGCAGCGCUGGGACUGGGAAAUCAUGCCUCCUUCAUCAGUUCAUAGAGAACAAGUUCAAACAGGACUCCAACCACACCAUCGGCGUUGAGUUUGGCUCCAGGGUUGUCAAUGUUGCCGGCAAAACGGUCAAACUGCAGAUCUGGGACACGGCUGGGCAGGAGCGCUUUAGGUCAGUGACCCGCAGUUACUAUCGUGGAGCAGCAGGGGCGCUUCUCGUGUAUGACAUCACAAGUCGGGAGACCUACAAUACUCUGACUAACUGGCUGACAGAUGCACGGACACUGGCCAGCCCCAACAUCGCCAUCAUCCUGUGCGGGAAUAAAAGGGAUCUGGAUGCGGACCGUGAGGUCACCUUCCUAGAGGCGUCUCGCUUUGCCCAGGAGAACGAGCUGAUGUUUCUGGAGACGAGUGCUUUAACCGGGGAGAACGUAGAGGAAGCCUUUCUCAAAUGUGCUCGUACCAUCCUCAAUAAGAUUGAGUCGGGUGAGUUGGAUCCGGAGCGGAUGGGUUCUGGGAUCCAGUACGGCGACGCGUCCCUGCGGCAGCUCAGACAGCCCCGGGGCUCUGCUGCACAGGUCAAGCAGCAGUGUAACUGUUAGGGGCCCGGACACCCUGACCGCUGCCUGACAUCAGACCAGACACACACAACCUCCCCCCUCGGCUCCGAGUGUCUGUGGUUCUCUGCCGAAGAGGCACGGGCAGUAGAGGUGAAUCACGUCCCGACAGAGAGACUGUGCGUGUUUUAAACUUCUCCUGUGAUUCUUACACACAGUUCCUUCUUUUAAAGUAAAUCGAGACUUACUAGACUGGGAUAAAACCAUUCAACCAUUUAGCUCUUAAACUAAAUCAUUUUAUACAUUGUGACAUAUCAGAACUUUGUUGGUAUUAAACUGAAUGCCCCUUGAUUUUGUUUUGACAAAAUAUGACCAGACAGCCAAAUUACAGCUAUUAAAACCCCUUAUACACUCAGAGAUUUACCUUGUUGCAUUGGUCAUGCAUUUAAAGAGCUUCUGAAAGCACAAAGGAGGUGAAGGGGAGAGAGACACAUCCGUUCAGGUCUUGUCAUUCGGUCGGCGCUAUCUGCUGCAUAUCAGAUGUUUACCGCCAUCUCAGUCUGGCUUGGGUUAGAGGUUAUCGUCUAACUUAACCUCACCCGUCUUUCUGCACAGACCUCCAACCGUCCUAUUGAAAUGAAGGACAACUAAUCUUGUCAAUUUUGUUCUUAUUUACAUUGUGCGUUUGUUUGGCAGACACAUCUAGAAAUAUAAAAUAACACAUUUGUUUAGAGAUUGGUGGUUUCAAAAUGUAUUUCACGAAAUGCCCCAAAAAUGUAUCGUAUGUAUAAAGAAUAAUAGAUUCAAUUGAAACUUUGGAUCUGAAUGGGUGAAUCUCCCAAAAACUUAUGUUAAAGUCAUAUUUCAGCCUGAAUUGAAAAUAAUUAUAAUUAACAUGUUUCCAAAAGAAAAUAAAGGUUACUUUAGGGCAAUUAAGAUUUAGGAAAUUUUGACUUUGACAGUUAAGCACAUUUCCUCCCAAAUCUUUAUUUACUAUAAUGUCAAAAAAAAAAAAAAUAAUAAUAAUAAUAAUAUAUAUAUAUAUAUAUAUAUAUAUAUAUAUAUAUAUAUAUAUAUAUAUAUAUAUAUAUAUAUAUAUAUAUAUAUAUUAAAAAAUAUUUUAUUAUUGGAUUAUAGAAAUGCAAAUGGGAUUUUAAAUGCAUUAUUUUUAGAUUUUAAAAAAAAAUGUCACAAUGCAUAAAAUCAAUUUAUGAUAGCAAAAUGUCAUGAUUUUGGGGGUGAAACUACAACAAUACAUUUCUUUGUCUUUCUUUUUUUGAGAUUGAGCCUUGAUUUUAUUGUUGAAGUCACAUAAAAAGUGUACACCACAGGUUAUAUUGUAUAUUGAGGAAUAUUUCCGUGCAGCAACCAGCUCAGACCCAUCAUACUGCAACACGAUUCAUGGUACACUGUAGCUGUGGUGUUUUGGCGUACAUACUGUGGGUUGAUUUGUUCAUUGUUUGCUCUGGUUACCCAUGACAGGGAGAUCUAGAGGUGAUGAGUGGCACAGUGCCCCCUUCCCUCAGUGACAUCAUCAUUAUGCACCACAGACCUGUUUUGAUCUGUGUUUUAAAUACUGUCUAUGUGAUGUGUUGGUUUUUCCCUCUGCAAGUGCACUUUUUUUGACUGUUUAUAUACUUGUACCUAUAGAAUUGUAAAAUGUAUAAUAAUUUAACUAUAUUAAAUGAGAGUAUAUAGUUUGAGGAGUAAUCAUUCCUUACUAAAGAACAACUGAGACUACAUCGCCACAUCUCUUCUAGUUCAAGCACAGCCUUAACUGACUAACCAUGAUUGAUCUGCAUCAUUCAAGAGGCUGCCUCAUGCUCUCAUAAUCCUCUGAGCUCUUAAAAUGCACUUAUACUGUCACAUUUCCUUUUUUGCUCUACUGUGAUCACUUUUACCAAAUUUUGUGUCUAACUUAUUUAAAGUGCCCUUAUUAUGGGUUAUGAAAGGUUCAUAUUUUGGUUUUGGGAGUCCCCAACAACAGGUUUAGAUGCUUGUAAGGUCAAAAAACACUUUCAUUGUCUUAUAAUAUGCAUUUGUUUUUACCUUAUUUGGUCAACGACUCCCAAACGAUUCACUCAUUGAUUAAUUUUUCCAAAAUCAUCCUUUGUGUGACGCUAAUCUGCAGUGAUUGGUCCGCAUCAUGCCUGAUAAAGCAGUGUUUGUGAGCGCAGUGCUGCUUUGUGUAAAGCAUUAUCACUAUUUUUACCGCUCAAAUAGAAGCAGCACCUAGUGGCCAAGAAUGGAUGGUUUUCCCAAGUCUGCGUGCGCAACAAUGGGACGGGAAAUAUGCUAAUGUUUCUUGUUGACGUCAACAUUAAACUGCUUGGGAUUCGUUUUAAAACGACUCUUUUCAGUGAUUCAGAGUCGACUUUCUUUUGAGAGAAAAUAACUUUCUACACGGUGCACUUUCAGAUUUGUAACUUUGUAGGAUGUUUUCAUUCGCUGCACGAAAGGUCAUUUUCAAAAAUCAAUAAUGGGGGCACUUUAAACUAUUUUUAUCCAACAAAAUUUUAACUCAAAGGGAUAUUCCAGGGUAAGUAGAUGUUGCAAUAUAAGAUGUGGCCACUAAACUUGGAGCCAGCUAAAUUUCAACGGAUAUUGUAUCAUUCGUAAUAUAUCACACUGUGCACAAUCUCCAAAAACGUAAUUCAAAAUAUACAAAGAAUCUAUUCCAUUUUGCUCCAAUGUAGAUUUAAAGUAGUUGGUUCUUUUAAUUCAGCUAAGAGGUCACAAUCAAACUUGAAUUCUGAAUGCCGUGAAAAUGCACGUUGUUUAAUAGUUUAAAAGUAAAGUUACUCCAGAUUUCUCCUGGCAGAUUUCGCAACUGGUUCCAGUUGUUUAUGUGGAUUUGUCACAUUGACAAGCCGAAAGCUUCUUGGUUAAAAAGUGUUUUCUUUAUGAGCUGUGCUGUCUACUUGCUAAUGUGACCACAUCUUCAUUAAUGGAAGUCAAUGGAAUGAAAAGUGUAGUCUGACCAAUAACCUUAAUAAAUGACCUUUAUUUCAAUAGUAAUUUGUGCAAUUGAGUUUUUCGCAAAGGCGAAAAGUUUCCCCAAGCACAUUUUGCUCAUGUUCAAAUUAGUCCCAUGAAAUUUGACGUUAUGACCAACAGAGGGCAGCUUGUUUUUAAUGUGACUUUUGUGUGAGCAGCUCUGCUACUUUUUACGACGAAAAAUGUACAUUUGUUUGCGCACAAAAUUUUGAAGGCAAAAAUCAGCCCAUUUUCGACUUCCUGAAUGUGACCGCACCUUUACAGUGUAACUCUGUGGGCCAAGUGUUGUUGUUUUUUUCUACAUAAUUUUUUUUAUGAUUAACAACAGCAUGUCACAGAUGUUGCCCAUUGAGCUUAACAUCUUUGACCUGGAAUAUUCCUUAUCGUACCGAUAUUGAGUUUGAUGCUUUGCUUUGUAUGGUCCCAUUAAAAAAUGGUACAUGGUGUUAAGAAGGGCGAUCACAAGUAUCAUUUCUUGGCAAAGUUUUAUUGAGCGAAAUCCAGUUUCAAUAGAAAUCUGUGUGAUAUGGAGUUUUGUGUAAGGGCACAAAAAGUCCCCUCACAGAUUUUGUGGUAACGCUUUGCAAUAAGAUUAUGUUUGUACUUAUGUAAUUAUGUUUGACCAAACUUGAAGAGCAAAAUCUGCUUUUGUGACUUUGUCUUCAUGCUCAAGGUCUAUUGCACAGAUUCCUUUUUAAAUGACUGGGUUGUAACAAUUUUGCCAGAUGAAAUUUCCAGAAUUUUUUUUCACAUCCAGUCAUUUCAAUUGGAUUCCACUUGAUCAGUGAUUUUUGCACGAUGCUGAUAUUUCCCCUCGCAGAUUUCGCACCUGUUUCAAGUGGGUCUCACAGUUUUCUGAUGUGAGCUGUGCGACACCAUUGACAUCCAACAGUGUUUCUUUUUUGCCCACAAAAUUUGGCUAAUGUGACGUGCCUUUAGAGCAGCUCCACUUCCUGAGCCAGAUGAAAUUCAGUGGCUGUUGUAGUUGAGUUUGGUAGCAGUUCAUUACCAAAUAUCAAUAUGGAGUGUGUUUGAAGAGUAUUUCAAAAGUACUGCAUAAAACCAGUUGUUGCUUAGUAAGCAGUGUGAUUGGUUCAUUCAUAAAUACUGUAUAUCUGAAUCAUCUAUGCUGUAAAUAAGAUUGAAUAUGUUUAUCGGAGUGUCUGGGGGAGGGGUGCUUGUUCAUUUUAAAGAUUAAGGUUAUAAUUAAAGUUUGCUUGUUUUUUA